UCGUUCCGAAAUAGGCGGAUGGAUUUAUAAAUGGAUAAAUAUCUUCGAAGAAAGUGGAGAUAUAACGAACUUUGUCGACUCAGUUUUGGACCACAUAGCGUCAGUAGUAGCUAAACAAGGCCCGUAUAUUUUUAGUGCAUUACUCGACCCUCGCUAUCUAUCCAAUGAAAGAAGUAUGAUUCGCGGCACAGAACUUUCAUUAGUAUAA